AUGGCUCAGGAUGAUGACCCCACGCGCGACUCUGCGCCCGACCUGCAAAUCCUUGGAGAUCAGAUCACCCUUCAGCCAAGAAGCUAUGUCGAAGCGCGACGCGAUGGCGACCACGAGGAAGCCCUUAUGCAUAACAUGGCUCGCUUCCGCUCCGAGCCUUUGCAGUUCCUCCGCGAAGUCUCCCUCUACGUUUCGGGCAUGGGCUGGCGAGCCUACGAUAAAGUCAUCGGACAGCCCAUUUUCUAUUCCGGUUUCUCCGAACACAUGAAGAACUCUGUCGUAUCCGCACCCCUGUUGCAGGCUAGAAUAUCCCACCUGGCCGACAGGCGUCUGGAACUUGAAGAGAAGGAAGGUUGGCUGAGAAAAGACGAUAAGGACUUCGCGGGCAUGAAGGCACACAGACGGGCGGUUGUCGAGGAGGGGAUACAGGCCGUGGCCGAGAAGAUGACCAACGAUAUGAUAUGCAAGUUUGAGAGCAAAACAUUCAUCAGGGGAGCCUAUUACAUGGUCACACAGUUGCUCACACGAGCCUAUCAUCAAGGCAUACAUGUUUCGAGCGAAGAGGUGUUACGGCUGAGAAAGGUUGCCGAGGAGGCGGAGAGAAAGAAGCAGAGCAUCAUCUUUCUGCCCUCACAUCGGUCACACGUCGAUUACGUCUCAAUGCAACUGAUUUGUUACCGCUUGGGCUUGGCUUUACCUGUCGUUGUUGCCGGUGAUAACUUGAACUUCCCAGUGGUUGGAAACUUUCUACAGCAUGCUGGCGCCAUGUGGAUUCGACGGUCGUUCGGAAACGACACCCUGUACACGACCCUUGUACAAGCAUACAUAGACACAUUACUCCAGGGAGGUUACAAUUUCGAGUGCUUCAUAGAAGGCGGUCGGUCACGGACGGGAAAGCUAUUGUCUCCCAAGUUUGGUAUACUGAGCUUCAUCCUCGAUAGUCUUCUGUCAGGCCGAGUCGAGGAUGCCAUAAUCUGUCCAGUCAGCACGCAGUACGACAAGGUCAUCGAGACCGAAGGUUACGUUACGGAGCUUCUGGGUGUUCCCAAGAAGAAGGAGAAUUUGGCCGAUUUUCUCAAAGGGUCCUCCGUCUUGUCUUUGAAGUUGGGCCGGGUUGAUGUCCGUUUCCACGAACCGUGGAGUUUGCGAGGAUACAUCGACGAGCAACUGACGAAGCUGACCAAGUCGCCCGAAAGCUUGAGCAUGAACACGAAGACAGCAGAGAAUGCUGCUAUAAAGCAAAAACUGCUGCGUACGAUGGGCUACAAGGUUCUUUCCGACAUCAACGAUGUGUCUGUGGUCAUGCCUACAGCUUUGAUCGGAACCGUGCUCCUUACCCUCAGGGGUCGCGGUGUGGGCAUGUCAGAGCUACUGCGCCGGAUCGAAUGGUUGACCGCGCGGGUAGGGGCCAAAGGUGGCCGUGUGGCUCAUUUCGGUAACGCCCCUCUCGCCGAUGUCGUCGAAAGGGGUCUGGAUGUGCUUGGGAAAGACCUUGUGGGCAGCAUAGAGGGUCUCGCUGAACCGACAUAUUACGCUGUCGACCGGUUCCAGCUUUCGUUUUAUCGCAACAUGACCAUUCACCUCUUCAUUUCCGAGGCGUUGGUCAGUGCCAGCAUGUAUACACGGGUCAAGCAAGGCGGCGGUCCUGCAAACCAGGAGAUAUCAUACACAGCGCUACGAGACCAGGUGCUGUUCCUUUCGUCGCUCUUCCGUGGGGAGUUCAUCUUCCCCAGCGAUGGUCUAGCGGUGAACCUGGAAAAGACCCUGAUUGGGCUGGAGAACGACCGGGUGAUCAAACUCCAGAGAGACGAAAAGGGGACCAUCUACAGCAUCGGACUGGCGGAGGAGGAGCGCAUUGCUGGCAGAGAAAACUACGACUUUUACUGUUUCUUGAUUUGGCCGUUUAUCGAGUCAAGCUGGCUGAGCGCUGUGUCGCUGAUGGGACUCACGCCUCCACUGGGCCACAACGACGAUGUCUGGAUCGAGGUGGCCAAGGCACAGAACACGGCGCAGUUGCUCGGCAAGACGCUCUACCACCAGGGCGACCUCAGCUACUUCGAAGCAGUAAACAAGGAGACACUCAAAAACUCAUACACACGGUUCGAGGAGGAAGGCAUCAUCUACGCCGUUAAACCCAAGGACAAAAAGGCGCCGCCCCGCCUGCGGCUGUCGCCGGAGUGGAUGCCGUCCCGCGACCCGAGGUCGGGCGCGCUGCGAGCCGAGGGCAAGCUGUGGGACUUCAUCGAGCACAUCUCGUCGAGCCGGCGCGAGGGCAAGAACAGACGCGACGGCGCCACAGUCAGCACGCGGGUGCUAAGGCUCGCGGACGUCCUUGGGGGUGGGCUGUAUGAAGAGGCGGCCGCGCCGGGGGGCGAGAGUAGGAUGGAUGUCGGGGUGGCGGAGGAGAUGAAGGUCGUGCUGAAGGCGGAGAGGAGGAGGCGGAAGCUGGAGGGGCGGGCGCAAUUGUGA